AUGCCUCGACGGUCAUCUCGGCCUGAUCCUGCGUCGCCUGAAGCGCCUAUUGCGUCAAAGCGACGCGCUUCAGCCAGACUGUCCGCCGCCAACCCGGGGGUCAAACGAGUAAAAUCAAACGUCGACCUGUCCCUCCGCCAGGCAAAGUCCACGACCAGCAAGAGCAAGUACUUUGAGCCAGAAGACUCCGACGAACCCGACUCGGUGUCCGAUGCCUCUGCAUGGGAAUCCGCUGGCUCUGUGUAUGAGGAAGCAAAGGAGGAAUCCCCCGCCGACGAAGCGGAGCCGGAAGAACUCUCCGACACCGACGAGGUCGUCAAGAAGAAACCCAACGUAAGAGGAAAGCAAUCACAGAGUACCAGCAGCGGAAGCGACCUUACGAAGGGCAAGGAGCUCUGGCGCGAAGGUGUCAGAGUGGGCCUGGAGCCCGGGCAAGAAGUUAUCAUUGCAAAGCCCAAGGCCCGAGACGCGGGGAAGACCCCGUACCAGGAUGAGACGCUGCACCCCAAUACCAAGCUGUUUUUGAUCGAUAUAGCUAGCAACAAUGACCGUCAAUGGCUCAAGGCUCAUGAUCCGGAUUACCGCGCGGCAAAGAAGGACUUCGAGACAUUCGUUGAAUCCCUCACGCCGAAGAUUGCGGAGGUAGAUCCUACCGUCCCCGAACUUCCUGUGAAGGACCUGGUAUUCCGCAUCCACAGGGAUAUUCGCUUCAGCAAGAAUCCACUUCCGUACAAGACGCAUUUCUCUGCUGCCUGGUCGAGAACUGGUAAGAAGGGCCCGUACGCAGCGUACUAUGUCCACUUCCAGCCAGGCUCUUGUUUUGUUGGGGGCGGGCUGUGGAACCCCGAGUCAGAGCCACUUGCGCUGCUGCGGGAGGACAUCGACGAUAACUCGGCUGUCUUGAAGGAGAUACUCCGGGCGCCGGAGAUGCGUCGUGAGUUUCUGAAGGGAGCGUCCGACGAUGACGAUGCGGUUGUGGACGCUUUUACGCAUCACAAUAGGGAGUCUGCUCUCAAGACGAAACCAAAGGGUUACGAGGCAGAUAACGAGAACAUCAAAUUACUACGACUACGCAGUUUCACUAUUGGAAAGCCCAUUCCAGAUGAGGAACUCACUGGAGAUGAUGUUCAAGAGAAGAUUGCUACUUGGGUUGGGGUCAUGGAACCUUUCGUGACGUAUCUCAACAGUGUAGUGAUGCCCGAUCAGUGA